UAUUAUUUGUAUGUAUCUUGUGUAUUCCUAAAUUUAGAACCCAAAAAUCUCUCCACAAGUCCAAGGCAUGACAAGCUAGCACCACAAACAAAUGCCAGCUAUUUUGCUAAGGAUUCAUAUUAUUUCCUUGUUGUUUACAUUAUUAUUACAACCUCGUAGUUUUCAUUUCUAAUUUGUUUUGUCUUGUCCCAAACAAGUUGAAACCCCUCCUCCUCCUUCAUCCAAACCAAACCAUCUUGUGCUUUCCCUCAAAUCAACAAAUAAAAUAAUUGAUCACAAUACAAAAAAUGGAUCCUAGCGAGCUAAAGCGGGUAUUUCAAAUGUUUGAUAGGAACGGAGAUGGUAGAAUAACGAAGAAGGAACUAACAGAUUCAUUGGAGAAUUUGGGAAUUUUCAUACCUGAUAAGGAGCUAACACAAAUGAUUGAGAAGAUCGACGUGAACGGGGACGGGUGCGUGGAUUUAGAUGAGUUUGGUGAAUUGUAUCAAUCUAUCAUGGAUGAGCGUGAUGAAGAGGAAGACAUGAGGGAAGCUUUCAAUGUAUUUGAUCAAAACGGCGACGGUUUCAUAACCGUUGAGGAACUAAGAGUGGUUUUGUCCUCUCUUGGUCUUAAACAAGGAAGAACCGUAGAGGAAUGUAAGAAAAUGAUUAUGAAGGUGGAUGUUGAUGGGGAUGGAAUGGUUAAUUACAAGGAGUUUAAGCAAAUGAUGAAAGGAGGAGGAUUCAGUGCUCUUGGUUAAAUUCUAAAUCAUUACCCAUUUAGCCUAGCCUAGCUAUAUAUGCACUGUAUUGUAACGAAUGCAUGCAUGCAUGACAUUUCCAACAUUCAAUGGUAAUUCAAUUCUGUUUUUUAUAAUGUCAAUUCAUUCAAUUCUCAUCUUGAUGAGAUUUUUGUUCUUAUUGUUGUGUUGGGACAAGAAAGAGAGAGGGGUGGUUUUCCUUUAAUUUCACUUUUUUUAUUAGGCUUUGGUUAAUUAUUUGAUUAUUUCA